UCAAUGUAAGGUAAAAAGGAGCUUCCUUAACAAUCGUUCAACCAAUUAAUCUGAUCCUUGUCAAUUUACGGUAAAUUUUUGUCUUCUACCUUCAAAAUUUUACUAUUCACCAAUACAGAAUGUUAUGUGUUUAAAGAAGCUUCAUUUUUACAGAAGGAACCUUUACUUCUAUCUAUAUUUUUUGUGCAAUUAAUUAUCUAAUAAUAGUUGUUCAAUUAAAUCGAUGGAAUAUUAGAUUGUUUUUAUAAAUGGCGGUUAAAUUUCAUUUUUCGCGAAACUUGACUUGUUAUGAAUGUUAUGAUUUCGUUUGAACUAUGAGAUGUUAUCACAGUCUCUUCUUUGGUUUGUCAAUCUGUUAAUAAUUGUUGUCUUCAGUGGCAUUGACUCAUCAACCCAUGGAUUUACAAAUAGAGUUUCUGAUAGAUUGAUGAGAUUCUGGAGAAAACCUUUUACUCGUAAAAGACUACAAUCUACUAAUUAUAAUAGUAGCAAACAAUUAGUGCCAGUUGUGUAUUUAUUUCGCAGACCAAGACUUCAGGAUAAUCUCUCUGGUUUUCCCGGUUUAAAUGGUCUCUCUGGUUCAAAUGUUCCUGGUUAUGUUACAAUAUCUGACGAUGACUUACCAGAACAAGACGAUUCUUCAAAUAGCCAAGGAUUGGAUCCAAUAAUUAAAGGAAUCAAUAAUGCAGUCCAAUCACUUGGAAUACCCAAUUUAAGCUCAAGCGGACAAAGCUCAGAUUCAAAGGAUCCUUCAUUUUCAUUUGACCAAAGUGACCGAAUACCGAUUGGAGGUUCUUUUGACUUUAAACCUUUUGAUACCUACAAGAAGCAAAUCGGACCAACUGGUACAUUUGGUCAUGAGUUUCUUGGUCACGGACAUGGACAUCAUUUUCCCUUUCACUUCUUCCAUCCAGGAUUUCAUCACGGCUUCGGAGACUCUCAUGGAAAGUCCAAAGUCCAUUACAUUCCUAUGCCUUAUCCUUAUCCAGUUGUCCACAUGAAGCACAUCAAACACCAUCAAGAACAUCAUAAUAAUGACGUUUCUUCAUGGGUUUGGGGUAUCCUGUUAGCUGCACUUUUACCUAUCCUUCUAGGAGCACUUUUACUACCUUUGGGUCUUCUCUUUGGCCUCAGUCUGCUUACUCUAUUAGCCGUUGCUGGUGGUGCUGGAGGUGGAGGUACAUUCAUCCCGAUCAAUGGAACCGGCACCGCAGUACCAGCAGGUAGACGAAAACGAAGUAUUUCUCCUGAGCUUUGGGAUCGAGAGCUUCUAGAUGCAAUUGAAUCUUUUAUUCUUGAUUGUAUUCAGAAAGGCAGCAGUUUGUAAAUCUUUUUAUCUCUCAUUCUCAUUCCCUAUUCACAAUUUCAUUUAUAUUCCCAUAAACGCCAUAAUGUUCAAAUUUUGAAGGAUCAUGUGCAUCCAAUAACUUAAAAAUUUCAUGAUUCGCUUUUCUACAUUUAAUUUAUUUUAUUUAAUCAUUCAAUAAAUCAAUCAUUAUAACAUUAAUUUUAUUUUCAUUGUA